AUGCUGCUGCUGUUCAUUUUGGCCUUGUGUAUUCAUGUUUAUAUCUGUAUGAUCUGCGCACUCGUCCUCUUCAUACUCUUGCUUUUCUGGACCUCAACGGGCUAUCUAUCGUUUCAACUCGCUCCAGAACCACCACAGGCCAUGCCUCCCCGUGGCCCCAAAACGGGCAGCUCGGAGAACGAUGCUGACGUCUUCGGCGAACACCGCUCAGCUUCCUCCAAGGUGGUGAAGAAGGUGCGCUCCCCGGCAAAGAAGACUCUCGCCAAGUCUGCUGCCAAGGACCCUUCGACACCGCCGGCAAGUAAGGCUGUGAAGAAGAGGACUACCUUCACGUCCCGGCCGCCCACGGCUGACGAGCGACGUCUGAAUGGCCGUGUUCCAGGCCGAUCCCUGAUCCCUUGGACCCGGCCCCGGAUGGCGGAAAAGCUCUUGCUCAACUUGCUGUUCGAGCUUGGCAGAGUUAAGACGCACAUCCCUUGGGACGUGGUCGCCCACCGGCUUCACCCGGGCUCCUCCGCCUCGGCCAUCACGCAGUAUACAAACCGGCUGCGUCGUGAUCUCCUCGCAGAGGGGCAUAUCGUGCCUCCAAUCAAUGGGAGGAAUCCUACCACGACCGUCCCCGAGUCUGAGAUCCGCGGCUGGGUCCGUGAUGAGUCCGAGGGCGCAAGCCAGGAGGCCAUCCGCCCCGUCACAUAUGACGAGGAGAUGGAGGACCGAAAGUACCCGCUCCCCUGCUCGUACGCCGGGAGGGAUGAAGAGAUCCGAGAGGCAGCGUUUCCAAGCCCCUCCGAGAGCUACAACUUCUCCCCUCGGCAGGCGGUACCUUGUUCCCCUGCCACGCCGUCGCCAUUCGCUCCCCUGCCUGCCUCAUCCCAAACUGGGCCCAGCUUCUCCCCCUCCAGAUCCCCCUCCACCCGUCCGUUCCCGCAGGCUCGGAGCGAUGGCAGCGGUUCCCCAUCUGUCCCCGGGAACGAACGGCGGCGGGGCGGUGCCACCCAAGGCUGGCCUCACAGCACCAGCACUGGACAAGGGCAUAGCUACUCUGCUUCCGGCUGGUUGAAGGUCUUCGGGUCCAUGGGCACAGGUGACCUCGCUAGCAACCAGUUCCUUCUGAACUGGAACUCCUCCGUCCAAGGUGGAGCCAUUCAGAACAGCGCCAUACAGAGCCGCCCCGCGCCGAGCAGCACCGCACAGGUCAGCCCACUUGGUGAUGAUGCCCCCGGCUGGAACAGAGCCAGCGCGGCCGCCGUGAGUUGCUCCGAGAGAGAGCCGUCUAGCAGCUUCCUCGGGGCGCCUACGGCCAUCGUCUCUCCCCAACUGCCCUCCAUGCUCUCGGAGCCAGCCGGGGAGUUGGAGCAAGGUGCCUCGAAGCUGUUCGGUGCUGAGACCCGGCCCAUCAGCGACAGCAUUGUGGAGGGCUCUUACUUCACGGAUGCCCUGCCUGACAGCCAGCCGGAAUUCUGUUACAGCUUUUCCGAUGAGCAGGAGUCGCCGAGUGGGCUGUGUGGCAUGGCGGUUCAGACAAGUCACUGGAGUCCUCCUAGUGGAUAUUCCGGGGCCGUCCCGGACCAGUCAUCGGGCGGCGACUAUGCCGGCGAGGCACAAGAUAUCACCUGUACAUUCGAUGGCUUAUUCGACGACGGCGCUUUCGCCCAUGACGCCUUUGAGGGUUGUGACUCCAUCGAUUCCGCCGAUUGA